AUGAGGUUUAAAUCUGUUUCAAAGCCUUGGUCAUGCUUAAUUUGUUCCCAAUACUUCAUCAACCUUUUCCACAAGGCGUCAUCAAAGCCGUCCUCGCGUGUAUACAUGUGGUUGGGCUUGGACAACAAAAACAUAUUACUAUCGUCCUCGUAUUCUCAUGACUCGGACAACGGUACCACCAUGUCUUCCUUUGUAAUUGACCAAGAUUUGACAAUCCCUGCGAUGCAGGGCUACUCCGUCUCUCAAGUUUUUCGUGGUUUGAUGUGCUUUGUAAACGGUUCAAGUGCACAAAUAUAUAACACUACCACUAGGCAACUUGUCGUUUUACCUACAAUAGAGGAAUCCAAGAUCAUACUUGAAGAUCACAAGAAGAAGAAUGUAAAGUACCUUAUAGGACACGAUUCUGCUCAUGAUCAGUAUAAAGUGGUUUGCACAGUUUCAAGACCCAGCCAUGACAAAGGUGGGCCGUCCGCAACAUACAUGUCAGAGCAUUGGGUCUUGCUACUAGGAGGACAUGAAUUAAGUCGAUGGAGAAAGAUUUCAAGCCCAUGUCCACCACAUUGUCCUAUAAAACAAGGAUUGACUAUCAAUGGGUAUAUGUAUUACCUAGCUUUCGUUGGUUUGCCUUAUUAUGCGCUUGUGCGUUUCGAUAUGAGUUCUGAAGAAAUCAGUAUUCUCCAAAAACCUGAGGAUGCUUGGCAUCAUUGUUGUACCGAUAUUAUAGAAUACGGUGGAAGAGUAGCUCUUUUACAACGUAUCCAUUUUUAUGACGAUGGUGAGAUGGAUCUAUGGGUUAUGGAAGAUGUAGAGGAGAAUAGGUGGUCGUCAAUGAAGACUGUGGUGCUGCAUUCUUCUCAAAUGAAUAUGGUGAACAUGCAUUUAGUCAAUGAAGACAUGAAUUUGAGGGUAAAAGGUACAACUAGAAACGGUGAGGUUAUUUUGGUACCUCAAAAUAUAAUUAGUGCUCAAACCGGUGAGCUUAUCGUUCAACCUCAGUGCACGACUCUUUUCUACGUUUUUCUUUACAAUCUACAAGAGAAUCGUUUGAGGAAAGUUGAAAUCAAAGACCCAUCAGAUCGCUAUCUCACCAAAAUUUGGGACGUUAUUGGAUUCGAUGAUGUUGAGAACUUAAUGUAUCUCUAA